AUGCUGUUGUGUGAGUUGCAAUAUGAUACUAUUUCUUUGACUCGUGAGCACGAUGCAAAUGUCUCCAAGUUAAAUGAAGAACAGAGGGUGGUCUACGAUAAAAUUAUUGAUUGUGUUUCGAAUAAGAGGCACGGAUUCUUUUUUGUGUACGGGUUUGGUGGCACUGGAAAAACUUUUUUAUACAGAGUUUUGUCAGCUAGAUUGCAAUCUGAGAAAAAGAUUGUUAUAAACGUUGCUUCUAGUGGUAUUGCUUCUCUGUUGUUACCUGGUGGUAAGACGGCGCAUUCUAUGUUCAAUAUUUCUGUUGAGCUGACUGAAGACACUGUUUGUCAGAUUAAGAAGGAUAGUCCAAAAGUUGAGGUAGUCCGAUUGGCCGAUUUGAUUAUUUGGGAUGAGGCACCGAUGUCUAACAAAUUAGCAUUUGAAGUGCUCGAUAGGACGUUGCGGGAUAUAAUGGUUUCGGUCUCUGAUAGGAAUAAAAAUUUACCUUUUGGUGGGAAGGUGGUCAUUCUUGGUGGUGAUUUCAGGUUAGCAAGUGGAUUGGAACAAUCAACUGCUCAGGAGUUAAGGUCGUUUUCAGAUUGGAUACUUCAUAUCGGUGAAGGUCUAUGUGGAACUCUGGUCAAUGACAAACUUCUUGUUGAUAUUCCUUCUGAUCUAAUCAUUCCUGUUUUGGAAAAUCCAGUGGAAGAUAUUAUUAGGUGUUCUGGUCUACCUAAUCAUUCGUUGAAGUUGAAAAUAGGCGUGCCUAUUAUUUUGUUGAGGAAUGUUGAUCCAGCUGGGGGUUUGUGUAAUGGGACUCGACUUGUUGUGCGAGAUCUAGGGACAAAUGUGAUCGGUGCGGAUAUUGUUUCUGGUAGCAAUGUUGGGGAUAAAGUUUUUAUCACCAGAAUGAAUUUGAUUCCUAGUGAUACGGUUAUACCGUUUAAAUUCCAACACCGUCAAUUCCCAGUUUCUCUGUCGUUUGCGAUGACAAUCAACAAAAGCCAGGGUCAGACAUUAUCAACAGUUGGUUUGUUCUUGCGUCGUCCUGUGUUUUGUCACGAUCAACUUUAUGUAGCUCUUUCCCGAGUUAGGAAUAGAAAUGGUCUGAAGAUUUUACUUUAUGAUGAAGGAUUAGUUGAUCCUACCAGGACUGAAAAUAUUGUAUUUAAGGAAGUUUUUGAUAAGAAAUAA